AUGGCGCCCCGAGCAGUUAAAGGGAAGUCAAAGACUCACCAGGACACAGGGAGGGUCUUGAAGCGAAAGCGUGGUGAGGAUAACUUAGCCACCCUCAUCAAACAGGUGGAGGACCUCGAUCUCAAAGCUCCCAUCAAAAACUUCUCCGAUCUCCCACUCUCCGAACCAACAGCCAAAGGUCUCGCAGCCUCUCAUUUCAAAACUCUUACCGAUAUUCAAUCGCGUGCUAUCAAUCAUGCAUUCAAGGGGCGCGACAUCCUCGGUGCCGCGAAAACCGGUAGCGGAAAAACCCUCGCCUUUCUAAUACCCAUUCUCGAGAAUCUCUAUCGCAAGAAAUGGACAGAGUUGGAUGGUCUUGGCGCACUCGUUCUUUCGCCUACGCGUGAACUAGCGAUUCAGAUCUUUGAGGUGCUUCGCAAGAUCGGAAGAUACCACAAUUUCUCUGCUGGAUUGGUUAUUGGUGGAAAGAGUCUGCGCGAGGAACAAGAUCGCCUGGGACGUAUGAACAUCCUGGUUUGCACACCCGGUCGUAUGCUGCAACAUUUGGAUCAGACGGCUAUGUUCGAGACGAAUAAUCUGCAGAUGCUGGUGCUGGACGAAGCCGAUCGCAUCAUGGAUAUGGGUUUCCAGAAGACCGUGGAUGCUAUCCUUGACCAUCUCCCCAAACAGCGCCAGACUAUGCUGUUCAGUGCCACACAGACCAAGAAGGUCGGUGAUUUGGCUCGUUUGAGUCUGCAAGAACCCGAAUAUGUCUCGGUCCACGAAGCAGCCGCCUCCGCCACUCCCUCCACUCUCCAACAACACUAUACCGUCACUCCACUACCGCAGAAGCUCGAUACCCUUUGGAGUUUCAUUCGCAGCAACCUCAAAUCUAAAACGGUGGUCUUCUUGUCAUCGGGCAAGCAAGUCCGAUACGUAUACGAAUCACUAAGACAAUUGCAGCCUGGUAUUUCUUUGCUCCACUUGCACGGACGGCAGAAGCAGGGAGGACGACUUGAUAUCACCACAAAGUUCUCUCAAGCUCAACACGCCGUUCUUUUCGCUACCGAUGUUGUUGCUCGUGGUCUGGACUUCCCCGCUGUCGAUUGGGUUAUCCAGAUGGACUGCCCCGAAGAUGCCGACACCUACAUUCAUCGUGUUGGACGGACAGCGCGUUACGAGCGUGUGGGCCGUGCGGUGCUCUUCCUAGAUCCUAGCGAGGAGAAGGGAUUCCUCAAGCAGCUAGAGCAAAAGAAGGUACCCAUUGAGAAGAUCAACAUCAAAUCGAACAAACAGCAGAGUGUCAAGAACCAGCUUCAGAACAUGUGUUUCAAGGACCCCGAGCUGAAGUACCUGGGCCAGAAAGCUUUCAUCUCCUACGUCAAGUCGAUUUACGUGCAAAAGGACAAGGAGACCUUUAAGAUCAAGGAACUUCCGUUGGAAGAGUAUGCAGCUAGUCUGGGUCUUCCCGGUGCUCCACGUAUCAAGUUCAUCAAGGGUGACGACGCGAAGGAGCGCAAGAACGAAUCCUGGAGAAUGGCGCAUAUGUCCAGUGAUGAUGACUCGGACACCGAGAAGAAGGACAAGAAGGACGAGAAGGAGGUGCGGACCCGGUACGACCGUAUGUUUGAGCGACGCAAUCAGGGCGUGCUGGCGGAGCACUACUCAAAGCUUAUCAACGACGACGGCACGAUGGUGGCUAUCGAUGCCCCCAAGGACGCUGGCGCAGAGAUCGACGACGAGGCCGACGAGGAUGCCGACUUCCUCUCAGUCAAGCGCCGAUUCGCCGCCGGCGAUGCAGACCUCGGCGAGAAGAGCGAUUCCUCCGACUCGGAGGAGUCCGAUGCCGAGCCAAAGACCACAGAUGCCCGAGGUGUCAAGAUGGUGCACUUGGACGGUCAGGACCCUCUCAUCAUCGACUCGAAGCGACGCGAGAAGCUGCUCAAGUCGAAGAAGAAGCUGCUCAAAUUCAAGGGCAAGGGUACGAAAUUGGUCUACGACGAGGAGGGUGUUGCCCACGAGGUGUACGAAAUGGAAGACGAAGCUAUGUUCAACGCCCGCGGCGAUGCCAAUGCCCAGCGCGAGAAGUUCCUCGAGAGCGAGACUGCCCGUACACAGCAAGCCGAUAUCGAGGACAAGGAGGUUAUGCGCGAGAAGCGACGCGAGAAGAAGGAGAAGCGCAAGGCGCGCGAGCGUGCCGAGGCCGAGGCCGCGAUGUCGGAGGAAGAAGGUGGUUUCUCGCAUCUCCCCCAUGUGCCUUUCGAGAUUCCCGGCUCCGAUUCAGACGUCUCGGAGCGCGAGGAACCUCGGCCUAGCAAGAAGCAGCGUGUUUCUUUCGCCGAGCCGGACAGCGACGAGCCCAAGAGCAGGCAGAGCCAGGCUUCCAAGUCUAUCGAAACUCUGGGAGAUUUGGAGGCUUUGGCCAGUGGAUUGCUUGGUUAA